AUGUGUAUUUGUAAUUUGUGUAGUAAGGCUUACAAAACUGGUGGAGGGAAAACUAAUUUAAAAAACCAUUUGAUGCAUAAGCAUACUUUAUGUUUUAAUAAAGCGCUUAACCUAUCAAAAUCAAAUGAAUCAAGUUCUACUAAAAGGAUUCAAGAAGAAGACGAAUCACAACAGGGUAGUAGAAAGAAAAUAAAUAAAGGGCAGGAGACACAGUCAGAUGUUGACAGUCAAAUAACUCAAAUAUCUUUAAAGGAAAAUGAAUAUGAUUUAGAUAGCAAUAGUGAUUUAGACAAUGAUGUAGACAUAGCUAGUGUGAUAAGUGAUACGUCUACAAUUUCAUCACAUAAAAACUUUUACAAUUUGCCUAAUAACUCUAUAAGUAAUAGUAGUUAUUUGCAGCCAACCAUAAAAAAUGUUUUUAAGGAGCAGCGCAGCUAUGGGGCUGGAGGAUCAAAAGAAAUAGCUAUAACUGAAGCUUUACUUUAUAUGUUAUGUAAAGAUAAUUUGCCUUUGGGGUGUACUGAGAAAACAGGCAUGAAAAAAUUUUUAAAGACAGUUGUUUCCUUAUAUAAACCACCUAGCCGAAAAAAAAUGACUCAGCUCGUUGAACAAAAACAUUCAGUGAUGCAUACCAUUGUGUCUCAAAUAUUAGCUAAAGUCAAAAUAGUUGCAAUUACGACAGACUUAGCUACUGUUAUGAAUGCUACACGCAGCUUCAUCGUCAUGACAAUUCAUUAUAUUGAUCAAGAAAGAACUCGUUUAUGUUCAAUGAACCUAGGAGUAAAAAAUUUGACACCUCAUCAUACUGCAAUAAACAUUUGCGAAGAUCUGACAGAGAUGUUAGAUUACUGGAGAAUUAAAAAAUCUCAAGUCUUAUCAGCAACAACAGACAAUGGAGCUAAUAUUGUAGCAGGUAUCAAGUUGUUAUUUUAA